AUGUCUGUAUCUAUUAACUCAUUAAUCGCCGCCAAAAUAGCCAGCGGCCCAGCCAUACCAGAGAUAUCCUUCACAGGCCUAGAGAGUCUCGAAAACUUCGCUGACAAACAAGUAUCGGCAUUUCACGAAUCCACCACAGAAAGCCAAUACAUCCUCAUCCGAAAGAUACCCAGACACAUCUUUGAGGAGAUUGACGAGACCGAUCACGGCCUCUCUGGUACCCGAAUGCACUAUGACUACAAAACGGGUGAUCUCAUCGCCAAGCUGGUGCCCAGCUUGGAGCAACAUGCGGUCCCUCUACAUUUGGCCUAUUCUCUCUACAGAAGGAUAGACGCAAUGGACACUGACAGAGAUACACUUGAAUAUUUCCUUGUGGGGCGCGCCACGUUCAGAGGCUCAGAUUUGGCAAAGCAAGGAGAUUGGGGAUUCAAACCUUUACCAGAACGUGAAUUUUGCGACGACUGGCCAACGUUUGUCAUGGAAGUUGGGUGUCCAUGA